AUGACAUAUAGCGAGGAAGACUAUGUGUUUGACGCUGGUUCCCUCGGACACUUGGAAGGUCUUACUAUAUCUUCCAACCAAACUCCAGCUCUCCAUUACUUUGGAGGUCUGCCAUAUGCUCUGCCGCCGACUGGCUCUUUUCGUUUCAAACCACCUCGCAAACUCCCAGCAAACUAUAGCUAUGGCACCAGGACAUCUCCGGGCCAAUUCACCAAAGGCACAAAGGUUUGUCCUCAGCCUCCGAGUCGCAUCCCACCUGAUGUCUCGCUUUUCGACGAGGAUUGCUUGCAACUCAAUAUCUGGAUCCCUGCGGGCGAGUCACCAAAACAGGGUUGGCCGGUGUUUUUCUACUUGCAUGGAGGCUUCUUGCAAUGGGGCACUGCCAAUUGGAAGCCAUCUUCUUUAGUACCUUUGCUGGCUGGAUCUGCAUUCAGAGCUAUAGUAGUUCUUCCUGCUUACCGACUCAAUGCAAUUGGCUUUCUCACCGGCAGAGCGUUUGCCGCAGAAGCUGAUAUCGCCGAAGGGGCUGUGUUCGGCAACAUGGGACUUUGGGAUCAACGCACGGCUUUGGAGUGGGUGCAUGGCAACAUUGCAAACUUUGGCGGUGACCCUCUUGACAUUACCGUUGGUGGAUAUUCGGCAGGCGCAUAUUCGACAUUUCAUCAAUUGGCGCAUGAAUUGUACCUUGUCCCGGCCGAACGUCGCAUCAUCAGGAGAGUGAUCAUGCUUUCCAAUGGUCCAGGAACAAGACCUAAGACACUCAGCGAACACCAAGCCCAAUUCGAUGAAUUCGUCUGCCAUCUCGACAUGCCCGCCUCUCUUUCCCCAGCCACACAACUCGCAAAGCUGCGUCAACUUCCCUAUCAGCAACUCCUAGCCGCUCAAAACAAGAUGAAAAUCUCCGAGUUCAGACCCAUGGCCGACGGCAAGUUUUACCCCAAAGACGUAUUCACCAACAUCAACAACGGAGACUUUGCGCGCAGAAUGAAGGAUCGCGGCAUCUGUAUCCUCGGUGGCGAAUGCAGAGACGAACACAACAUUUACCGCACCUGGCGCACACCCGAAAACUCCCUCCAAGCAUUGCGCACCCGUCUCUGCGCAGAGUACCCCACGGACACGGUGACCAAAAUCCUACACCACUAUUGCGGCGCCGAAGCAACUCUACCUGCGCACUGCAGAGACUGGCAAGAUGCAUUCGGCCGCAUCUACGCAGACCUGCAAGUCCACAAUCUGCAACGCGGCUUCUUGGACGCGCUGUGCAGACACGGUCUCGAGCCCGGCAAACACGUACUCCGAUAUCGUUUCGACAGACGCUUGCAGUGCAUCGACGCAACCAUACCCAUCGAGUGGGGCGUCACGCAUUCCUCGGACGUGCCCAUCUGGCUCUGGGGUUCUGAUUUCGCGGGCGGCAUGACGGAGCAGGAGAAGCGGUGGUUGAACAGCUGGAAUCAAGGCUUCGCGGCGUUUGUGAGUGGUGCAGAGGUGCAUUGGGGCCCGACCGCGCCCGAGCAAAUGAGACGGUGGAGGAGCGAUGGCGAAACGGACAUCUGGGAGGACGAUGGAUGGGACAAGGGGCUGGAGAUGUGGGAGCUUGUGCACGGCAAAUGUUGA